AAAGUGCACUCGCCUUGAUGUCUCUCCAUGGAGACCUCUGCCUGAGCAAGUACCACAAGAGGCUGUGGCUGUACAGAGUACUCAAGCUGUUAAUCAAGUAAAGAGGACUCAAGCUGUUAAUCAAGUAAAAAGGACUCAAGCUGUUAAUCACAUUUAUAAACCCGCUUCCAAGCCGAAACCAGUUGUAAAUGAUGAAUUGAAAGCAAAAGCUCUAAAUGCAAAACCUUCAACUGUCUCGCCAAAAAGUUGGAAGUACAAAAAAUGGGUAAAUAAAAUUUGGUUUUAUGCAAAUCACCUCUUCUUGGGAGACAGCAGAUUGGCCAAUGUUAUCUUUAAAACAAAUCCCAAGUGUAAAAAGAAUAUUGUGUGUGUCCAGCACCUGCAGCUCCCUGAGGCCAUGGCCAUCAUCAUAAAAGAGAUGGCAGUUGUCAAGUACAAGUCAUUGUUUCUCAUGGUAGGGCACCAUGAUCUUACUGCUCAGCUUAUAAAGUCGCUCCUUCUUGGACCACUUAUGGGAGCCUCCACAAGUAAGAAGCCUUCAGUUCCUCUACAGGAGCCACAAGACCUUUCCCUCAGACGUCAGGAUGCUACGGCAGUGCCAAGCGACUCAGAUAAAUCAGAAGACUCGGAAAGAACAGCGAACGUCUCGGGGCAUGAGAAGGCAGCCUUGAGGCCAUGGACCUGCUCACCGAUUCUGGGAUUCCAACCGAAGGAGGUGUUAACUCUUAGUGACCUGACGAGACUCUUGCACCGGCCUUGUGACCCUGCUGCCCUCGCUGCCACCAGGGUCAUGUUUGGGGUGUUGAUGAUGCUGGAUGUGCCGCAGGAGAGGGGGUUGGGGGUGGCUGACAUAAAGUGGGGGGACCCCGACAUCUGCCACUUCCCUCUUUUCCCCCACUUCGUUCCCCUUCCACUUCCCUACAUGGUUCUCCUCUAUGGCCUCAUGCUACUGUGCUUAUUAAUGAUGACAGUGGGGUGGCGUUGGCGGGUCUCCUGUGGUGUUUUCCUUGUAUCCUACUGGUACCUGUUUCUCCUGGACAAAACCUACUGGAACAACCACUCGUAUCUCUACGGUCUCCUCACCUCCAUCCUCCUGGUCAGCGACCCCCACAGAUGCUGGUCAGUGGGGUCAGGUGCAAGCCACGUACCCCUGUGGAACUACACCCUUCUGAGAGCCCAGGUAUUCCUACUGUACUUCUUGGCAGGGGUGAAGAAGAUAGAUCAGGACUGGCUCAGCGGGUACUCCAUGCAGCACCUUGCCCAACACUGGGUCUUCUCACCCUUCAGAGUGUUCCUGAGCAAUGACAAUAUUGACUACUUCGUUGUCCACCUCGGAGGAUUCACCUUGGACUCCUUGCUGGGAUUUCUUCUCUUUUUCGAUGUAACAAGGACAACGGGUCUGGUGUUCGGUGCUGCCUUUCACCUCAUGAACUCCCAGAUCUUCUCCAUAGGCAUGUUUCCAUGGGUAUGCCUGGCAACACUGCCCAUCUUCUGCAGCACCUCCUGGCCUCGUCCCAUCCUUGCUACCUUCAGUUCCCUCCUUUCCGCUCCAGGAAAAGGUCUGCAAUCCACUGUACUGGAAGGAAAUGCCACAGGGAAUGCAAAAGAAACAACUGGAAGCGAAGAUGAGGAGAAAAAACCAGAGACAGUUAAGGGAGAAGAUAACGAAAAAAUUAUCAAGGCAUUGGAGAGGAACCCAAACUGUUAUUAUGGAGAAAACGGGUUUGUAACCAGACGACAGAAGGCGACGACGGUGGCGGUCCUGGCAUACCUUUGUCUCCAGCUCUUCCUUCCUUUCUCUCACUUCAUCACCAAGGGAUACAACACAUGGACGGAAGGACCUUACGGAUACAGCUGGGAUAUGAUGGUACACUCUUGGGAUGUCCUCCACAUCAAAGUCACUGCUGUCACAGCUACUACAGGGGACGUACUCUACCUAGACCCCAACAUAUGGGUGAAGAGCAAACGGUGGACGAGUCAUGCAGACAUGGUGGUGCAGUAUGGGCAGUGCAUAGAGCAGAGACUGGCCUCCCGGGGCAUUCAUGUCUCCUCCUUGCAUAUUGACGUAUGGAAAUCCCUCAACGGGAGAUUCCAGCAGCGUGUAUUUGAUCCUAAUGUGAAUAUCUUGAAGGCUCCAUGGAAUCCUUGGCAAGAGACGAGGUGGGUGCUGCCAAUAGUGUCCGAGUUGAGUGGCUGGAGAAAUCACCUUCAGCAACUACAGGAGACAUUGUGGAUGGUGAACCCAGCCUCUGAUGCCAUCUUUGUAGCUGACUUUCCAGGUCUGACACUAGAGAACUUCCUCAGUGAAGACCUGGCUGAUGUAACUCUGGAGGUCAUGCAGGGUCAAGUGGUGGUUCUGCUUACUAGUAAUGCACAAGCUGAUGGCCUUCAUUCCCUUUCUGAUGAUAAUUUUGCCCCAUGUGGUAGGGGCAGUCAUGUUCCCUGUGGUGGAGCCACUGACAUAUGCAAUAUGGCAGAAUGCUGCACAACUUAUCCUUGUCUGUCCCACUUGCAUGAUCACACAAUUAAUAAGCACUGCAUUUUGUGUGACCUUACCAAGGAGAAAUAUCUGAACAAAGAAAGAAGCACCAAAAACUAUGAGAGAGAGAGAAAUGGAGAGAGAAUCAAUCAAGAUUUGGAAAAUAAAAGAAACUAAAGAUGCCCCUGUCUUUCUGUGGGGUAUCAGGCAAGAAUGGGAAGAAAGAAGCAACAAAAAGCACUAAGUCAGUAGUUCUUGAGGCUGGAGACAAGCUAGUACUCCCAAGUGGCUCAUUUCAUUCUGUAAUUACCACUUCACCAGAGCCUUCUUCUUUUAUGUACACCUUCACUAAUACUUCCUUACUAAAGAUGUAUCAGGCUCUAACUGAAGAUCCAAUUCAGGAAUCAAGUAAGAUCACAAGAACAAGCAAAAAUAUGGAUUUUUUAAAGCUUCAUAAUGCAAGGGACUCUGUACCACAGCAGCAGCCAGAUAUCCAGGCUACAAGUGGUAGAGAAAAUAAGGACAUAGACACACCAAGAUGGUUAAACAAAUUCAUCGCAAGAAACAGGGCAUCUUACAUUGAUGAGGGAAAGGCAAAACAUCACAAAUUCUCCAGCCAAGACUCUGUUAGUGACUUUCCAGCAUGGCAAGAUUUUGUGAAUUUUAUGUCUUGGAAAUGGGCGACAUUCAAGCGAAGUGGUAGAUUGUUGGUGGGAGCAUGUCGAAGCAUUCUUAGUGGAACGCCUAUGAAACUUUUAAUAUGAUAAUGCACUGAGUGAAAGGCAUCACAGUAGGUGCUAUUUAAUUUUUCAUGUAGUUGAACAUAAUUCCUUGUUUAAUGCUGUUCCCCUAAGAGUAUGCAAAACUAUAUUGAAAUUUGACUCAAAUUCAGAGGGAAAACCACACAUUAAUACUGUAUAGUAUUUUGUAUCAUCCAAGCUAAAUUAAAGAUCUUACAGAAUCUUUCAUCAUACAUACAGUACUUAGAAGAGCUAACUUAUACAUCAUUGUUGUAAGGUGAGAUCUCAUUAAGAUUACUAUUUUCAUAUAUCACUCAGCAAGAAAUAAAAUUAUUCAGCAAAAAUUUUCUGCAGCUAUGGGCUCAACUCCAUACUGUCGUCAAGGAUUAGUCAUAGAAGAGUUAAGCAAGUAAAAUUAAAAUUUUAUGAAAUGAGCAUUCUCGACACUUUCUUUUAUAUACAUAUAUCAUAAUACUGUACUGUGUGUGUAUUGCAAUGAAAGCCAUAUAAAACACACAAUUUUAAUUACAAUAUAUACAUAAAAUGUAACAAAAUACAUUCACAUUUAAAAUGUUGACAACAUGCCAGACUAUUUCAUUGUAUUACAAUUUCUGAAGACCAAAGUACAAGAAUUUGUAAUAUUAGAGAUGCUGUAUUAUAAAGUUAAGCACUAAACACAAGGUCAUACAGCAAAAGACACUGUAAUGUUAAAAAUUAUAUCUAAUACAUGCUGUAAUCAAUAAGUAAUGGCUGAAUUUAUUUUAUGGACAGAGAUUGAAGAUGUGAAAGUUAUACCUACUUACUUAUAACUCUUCCUUUUAAUAAGUGUCAUGCAAGUUAAGCGUAUCCCUCAAAUACAAUAGUCGUCCAUCUGCGAUAAGGUCACUUAACAUUGCAUUUCUUGUAUGCAACUAUUUUGCAAGGCUUUCGAGAAGUUGUGAUGCUUCUCAAAGUUUUGCAAGCCUUCCUGGGAAGGAAAUUCCUUAGCAUGAAAUAUACAUCAGGACAGAAUUCUAAGAGAAGAUGCACAUUUAAGAUUAAUUUUACUUUUGCAAUACGUUUUAUUCUCAAAAAUCUAUAUCCCAACUUUUAUAUUUAACCAUUAAGUGGAUAAUAUAAGACAUUCAUAUACUGAAAAUAAAAUUUGACAAUAAAACACCAAAGAUAUGUAGCCUAAACCACUGAUAUGCAA